AUGCACCAUCCCUCCGACGACGAGCAGCUCUCCCUCGCCAAGGUCAACGACUGGCUCAACGCUGAUAACGGUCGCUCCUGUUCUUCGUCGUCAGACCUGCCCCACUCCAAGCGGUCGUCACCCGGACGACACCAUCCCAGGGCCGCAGCCCUCGCCAGGACGGCUUCGUGCCCUAGUGGCGGCAAGAUCGCCGAGCGAGACCAGCCCGCGCCUUCCUCCAAGAGUCUAGACUCCCUCGUCAUCAGGGACGAGGAGCACGCCAGCUCUGAGUCCGCGCUGUCGUCGCUCCUGACAAGCCUCUCCUUGAGCUGGUUGGAGAGGACGUCGUCCGGGACCAGCCUCCACAACAAGGACACGAAGCCCCUACCGCUCCCAGCGACGACGAGAGCAGGGGGCCUGCAUGACUGGGAGGAGAAGGCGCUGGCGGCUUCCCUGCGAGCUCGCUGCAUGGGCGUCGCAUCAGACUCGAGGCGGCCGGCGUCCUACAGCAUGUGA